AGUUUUUCUUCUUUGAACUCAAAAGGAAGUGACAGUGCAGGCCUUACAAGAAGGUGUAGUGACUGUAAAAAAUCAUACAAGUCCUGCGAUUGCAAGGUUUGUGAUUGCUAACUUCAUAAUCCAAGGUUUAAUAGUUAAAAAAGGUAAAUGCUUUGUUUUAUAAUAAAAAGGCACUAAGCUGCUCAAGCUAGUUUACAGGUACUCCACCCUGAUAAUGUGAGACAACACUCAAAUGGAUAGGACUGAUAUACUGCUGGCUAUUUAAUUAUACAAGUGUGGCUUAUUUGAAGAGGGUAUUUUGAUAGUUAGCACAUACUUACGUGACUGUUUUGACAUGAUGGUAUUUGAAAAAGGUGACCAUUGCACUGUAUUACAAAAAAUAAUAGUGAAUGCACUGAUGCAUGAACUGUUCCUCAAGAAGAAGGAGAGUUAACUAUAGCGUAAGUUAAACUGUACCCAUGAAUUGCUUGCAUUUGUAGAACUCAGGAUAAAUUGUUACUUUUUAUUUGGCAGAAUUGUUCCAAGUGUGGAACAAUAUUUCAGAAGUAUUGGGGAACUAACUUGAUCAAAGGACGGUAAGCAUCUUAUAAUGUUUACUCAAUUUAAUAUAUAUUAUUGUAAAUAAAAAAAGUUAACACUAGAGCUACCCUUGUUACAUUUAGUGUUUAGUGUAUGGAUUCCAUUUUCAUUAUGUACAGUGUACACAUAGUACUCUGAAAUCUUGGAGGCAUAAUGACCUUAUUGUCGGUGCUCUGGAGUCCAGAUAAAAAAAUCUGGGUUCUAGCUGUAGCUAGCUAGGGUCCUUGGCCUUGCUUUAUUCAUAAUUUCUUGGGCAAGACACUUUACUCUCGAUGCAACUGGCACUCUAUCCAGGUGUAUGAACCAGUACCAGCAAAUGUAACAUUAUGGACUAGCAAACCUUUUGACAGGGGGGAUUAGAAAUAUUCCUAGUUGCUUUGUCGUGCUAUAGAAGCAAGAUAUAGUAAAGGACAGGUAAAGUCUUAAUACGUAUAUACUCCCUUAAUUCUAAUGUCUAAUUAAUGUGAAUUUAAUCAUAUUUCUAUGUUAAUUUGCAUAAUAUAAAUGAUGAUUAUUAUUCUCCCCCUUCUUUUCUCCCCCUUAUGAAAGAGUAAGGUGCUUAAACACCUCUUUAGAUUUAGAAUUUGAGUAGAAUGAUGCACCACUUUCUUACCUCUUGUCAUGAUAAUAAUUCCACAUUCUUUUGUUUGUUAGUUCUCAUUGUCGUACAUGUUCCACUGCAGUGUGUGUUACCUGUCAUUUUGUUGUUAACAAAGCUGUAAAGGUACGUCACUGUUAAAAAUCUAUUUUGUCAAAUAAUAAGUAAAUAGUUAAAUUCUGCUAUUACAUCCAUUUCAAAAUUAUGUUAUGUUUUACAAAAAUAAUGAAUGAGUUUUAUCAGUAAUGUUGAGUGGAAUGUAAGAAAGGGAGUUAAAUUUUCUUCUUUUGGCAAACGAUCUUUGUAACUGUUGGCCAUUACUCCAUUAAACUUAACAGACUCAAUCACGAAACAUCUGGUGUUGACAUACAAAUGUUAAGAGACAAAAGUUCAACGUCUUUAUACUGAACAUAUUGAUCGCUGUAGUGUCUUGUGGUAAGAUUCAUGCAACUGCAUCAUUAUGGCUCCAGUUUUAAGUGCACUCACAGGAACUGAGGCAUACUUACUAUUACAGAAUUUCUAUUGCAAUUUGUCUGUUUCACAAAAAAUCAUUUUGUCAAUAAUUGUGUCAAAAAAUUUGCUUGCCCACAUUUUAGAGGACCAUUGAAAAAGUGGUCAACUGACUGAGCAUUGAUCUACUGUCAGUAGUCCUUUAUCAUUCUGCUAGGUAUGUACAAGGUGUCUCUUAAAACAAAAAGAAGAUGAAAUGAACACCCAGAAGGCUCUGUCAGCUAUAGAAGAAGCUAGAACAGGAAGAGGUGUGUUAAAUUUACCCAUCAGAGAUAUUAAUAUAUGAUAUUGUUGAUUACUUUAAAAAAUCAAGCAGUCUGACAAAUAGCUAAAUGAAAUAAAUAUAAAAUUAAUAAAUACCAGAGUAUAAAGAUGCCCCCAGGUCCUUGUUUUCCUAAUUCUGGCACUGAGAGACUUGUUGAUGAUGAUAAUGAUGAUGAUGAUGAUGAUAGUGAUGAUGAUCACAUAAAAUUAAUUUGGGUGUUACGAAAACUAAGACCUAAGACCCGUCUUAGUUUUCGAGGUUACGAAAACUAAGACCCCCUAAAAUCGAAUCCGUCGAAAUAUAAAGUCAAAUUGUAACCGAAAUAGGUCUGAUCUGUCAAAUUAUAUCAUGUUCAAUCCUUUCCACCGAGUUUUAGGUCAAAUUUAACGGUAAAUUUAGGGGUCUUAGUUUUCGUAAUUUCGAAAACUAAGACCCCUCUUAGUUUUCGUAAUUACGAAAACUAAGACCCCCACCAAAACAAUCUCUAAAAUUUCUACAAAGUCGAAUUACGGCCGUGUGAAGACUAUAAUCCGUAAGACAAACAAAAACUACUAUCAUACGCGUGUGUGUACGAUCCGCUAACAAUUUGAAGACUCGCUUUAAAAAGAGGACCAAAGCCAUAGACUUCCUACUUAUCUAUUGUACACUGAAAAUAUGUCUUUCCCCUAUUGGUCUUUAAUUUUGUUGUUUACCCUUUAAAUCAUGAAAUUGGCUUUCCACUGGAGAUGGAUGUUUUUCUUCGUGUCUCUGCGAUCGAGAUUGCGUUACCUGUAACUAUCACCUGAGGGGGUCUGUGUCAAGCGGUUGUCGUGUUUAUUUUAUUGUUCUGAAAUUAGAACUCCAAUUCUCGAGACGAUGCUUUGCUAGUACAGGAAUUUCAUUCACUCAUUCGUUUUUUUUUUAUUAUUUCAUGAGUGAUUUUAGCGAUUAUCCCUCACAGACUAUUUCUCCUUACCCCCCACCCCUACCCCUCAACUACCUUUGCAUUGUAACCCGGUCAGUGAUCUCCGGGGUGGCAACGAUAAAAACAAAUGCUACAAAAAUGUAAUGUAGCAUAUUCUCCAUUUUUCGCCCUUUUUAUAAAAGCACUUUUCUAUCUAUGACCUGGCCAGAAAAGGAAAAAAAAAUCCGUAUUUUUGUGUGAUGUUUAACCGAUAAUGCCGUUGACCACUUAGCGAUUAGGCAUUCAGGUCGCAGCGACAUGUCAGCCCGCAACAAAGACAAAAAUCCAUCUCCAGUGGAAAACCAAUUUUAUGACUUCAAGGAUAAACAACCAAAAUUAUAGGGGUAAGGCAUAUUUUCAGUGUACAAUUAUACAUAGGUAGUCUAUAGCUUUCAUCCUCUUCUUAAAGCCACAAUAUUGAUAAUAUUUAGUUUUCGUAAUUACGAAAACUAAGAGGGGUCUUAGUUUUCGAAAUUACGAAAACUAAGAUCCCUAAAUUUACCAUUAAAUUUGACCUAAAACUCGGUGAAAAGGAUCGAACAUGAUAUAAUUUGACAGAUCAGACCUAUUUCGGUUACAAUUUGACUUUGUAUUUCAACGGAUUCGAUCUUAGGGGGUCUUAGGUUUCGUAAUCUCGAAAACUAAGACGGGUCUUAGGUCUUAGGUCUUAGUUUUCAAGGGUCUUAGUUUUCGUAACACCCCAUAAAUUUGUAUCAACAGGAAAAUUAUGUUGGAUGGCAAACUUGUUUUCUGAAGUGUUACACUGUCUCCUUGUGUUGCCAAACUGGUAACUGUCCAUCAGAAAUCAGUUAGGAGAAAGAGGAAACUGAUAAUCAAACUAGGAUGAAACUACUACAGUAAAUUUCAUUUUAAACUACAUCACAACAGUACAUGGAAAUGAAAAGGUCUUUAUUAUAAAGACAUUUUCUUUCAUCUUUAGCAAAUUCAACAUCAUCUGCAACAUCUGAUGCAUUCGUUGUGGUGUCAAGUUUGUCUAGUUUAAAUCCUGAACAAAGGAAAAGGGCUUUGUUCGAAGCUGCUAAAACAGGUAAUAAUAUGCUUAUCACUAAUCUAAUAUCAAAACACUGCCGAAAACUAACCAAGUCAAAAACUAGCAAGUCAUACAUGUGUACUUCAACAGUAAAGCCCCUUGUACAUGUACUUCAAGUCUUUCUCACAGUGCUGAGGUGUACAAUAAUCUGUGAUCUAGGGUUUCUGCAUGUUUUCUAGUGCCUACAGAUGUGUUUUUGCUAUUCUUUUAUAAUGGUAACUUUUUAACAGGAUGUGAUUAAUUUAUGACUAAUUUAUGACUCUGAAUGCAUGUAGUACCACUGUAAUGCAUUUUAAUCAUUUAGAAAAUAAUUAGUUAGUCAGAGUAUAUUAAUUUUGAUUUAUUUAAUAUCAGUAAAAAUGAGUUGCUGUAUUUCCAGGAGACCAUUAUUCCAUGGUUACUUUACUGAAUCAUGAGAAUGUUGACAUCAAUAUUAGAGGUAAUAAUAAUUAUUUAUUUUUAAAUAAGAACAAAUCCAGUUUGAAUUAUUUCUUCCAUACUGGUAAAUAAAGAUUCACAGGCAAAGUAAUUUUUUUUAUUUCUUUCCCAUAAGAAUGUUUCAUCCUAUAUUUGAAUGAAAUCACAGUAAAUAUUAUUUUGUUAUUUCUUUUUGUUAGAUGAGGACAAGAACACUCCUCUCUUUUUUGCUGCAGAAGGUGGCCAUCUCCCUUGUGUGGCUCUCUUAAUGGUAACUAAUUUUGGUCUCAAUUUGUCCCUUAAGUAAUUUAACAACCUUGAGAAAUUUUGUAAACUUUCCAUUAGAAUUUUGGCCCAGUGUCAGUAAGCUUGAUUGUUACGGUCAUUAUUCUACAGUGUGUUCAUUAGGCAAACGAGAUCAGAGAAUUCUCUGUUUACUACGCAGAAUUCUCUGGCUAAUGUUUGAUAGCCCAUAUGACUUUUUUAUUCAGAUGUGGAGUGUCUUUCACAAUACUCUCCUGUAACAUUACACCUUUCUCCUGCUACUAAAUUCUUAAUGAAAACCCUGUUUGUAUAUAUAAUAAUUAAUCAAUUUGUACUGUAUUAUUAUGUUUGAAAAUUAAAGGGUGAUUAGCAGAUUAGCAGACACCUUGUAGGGCCUUGUUACAUGCACCUCUUCAAUUGUAAAGCCAUGUCAGAGUGUCAUGAUUGGAAGCUUUUUGAACCCAACUUAAAAUCUUGCAAGUGAAUAUUUUUUGUGCUUUCUUCUUUCUUGGAUUUAGCACAUUUUGCUACAAAGUCUGGCAUUUUUUGGUACUGGUCUGUGUUGUAAGUUAAAUCCAAACUACAGGAUUCUUUGACUUAGAGGCUAAUAUCCAUAUAAAAUGAUAUUGAUAUAAUAGUGAUGGCGAUGAUUAUGAUAAUUAAUUAAAGGGGAUUUAACCCUCUGCUGAUUCCUGAUCCUCGUAUCUCUAAACAGAAAGUGUGGCAUGUCAUUCUGCCUCUCGAAAUACGCACGUCAUAAUGUUUCUCUGCACACAACAGUUUUCAGGGUUAACCAAUGUAUAUCAGGACUGUAAACUAGCUACGUAAUUAAAUCCCUUCUUAUUUAUUUAUUUUAUUUAAAAUUCAACAGGAACGAAAUGUAGAUGUGACAGCAGUGAACAAUGUAAGUUUAUGGAAUGUUGCAUACUAGAAAUGAAUAAAUGAAUAUCAAGACUACUACUUAUUAUUAAUAUUUCUUUUGUUAUCCAAUCUAGAAAUGUUGGACCCCUCUUCAUGCCCUUGCAUGGUAAGUUUACAUGAGCAUGGUUUAAAAACAUGUUAUACAAAUUUUUUAUGAAAUCCUAUUAAAUGAAGGUUUGUGGUGUGUAUUAUUAAGCAGACUGUUCAGUCUAGAAAUUGGUAAAAGUGGGUCAUAAGUCCCAUGUGGUAUUUUAAAUUGGAUCAAUUUCAAAAAUGGUCUGGGUCAAACUAUGAUAUUGAAACUUUGAACAACUAUCAUGAGCUUCACUAUCUUACUUCAUGCUUUUCAGGUUCAACUGUCAUUCUCUUUUGCAUAAAUAAAUGAACUUAGCUUUUGUGGUUGCUUCAUAAUGAAUAAAGAAAAAGCACAAAUUAACGAAACGAAGCGUGUGUUGAUCGGCAAAGCAACAACUAUGCAGAACAUAGAAAUGUACACUCCAUGCAGUCUCUUUCUGUACCGCAUGGAAGGCCUGACACAAAAAACUACUCAUAAACACAUAGUCUGAAAUCACAGUCAUUUUGUGCACUUAUUUCAGGCUAAUAAUCACACCUUUUUCAUUUUUAAUAUUGACUGCUGUUUUGGAAGUACUUGUAUAUUAGGUAACCUUUUUUGCAUCAGUAUGCCUCCAUGAUAAUUUCAUUUUGUGUCAGAAUAGAAUAUUGAAUAUUCCACGUCAAUGAGGCAAAAAUGCUGUCUAGAUUCUAAUUUUUGAUUAAGCAGCCAUGUAUUGCUGAUAUUAAGUGAUUAAUUUGACCUGUAGGAAAGGAUCAAGUGAAAGUCAUGUGGAGUGUGGUGAACUUCUCAUACAGGUACUACUGACAAAACGGAAGAUAAGAUUUUCUGGAAAGUGAGAAUAUAAUAUUGUUCUGGAAAGUAAUAAUAAUGCGAUUAGAAAGCCUUAAAUAAAUUCAAAAAGGUUAACUAAAAGUUGCCUCAAUUUACAACCAAACAGAUCAAAAUUUUGUGUUGUCACUUAAAAUGCAUUUGUACAGCUUUAAAAGCACUGUAGAUAGCCUAAAAGAUGUUUUCAAAGCACUUAGAAGAAAUCUGCGUUUGAUUGCCUGUUUUCUCACUUUGACGUUUUGCCUAGACACAGUUAACUCACCGUAAAUUAUAAUACUACAGUACAAUGUACAGGGAAGACCUUUACUUGCUGAAAUGGUAUCCGCUUCUUACAAAUCAUGUUAUACCGUAUGGAGGUUUGCUACUUUGUGUUUCUGGAGACAAUGGAUGAAUGUGAUCAUUAAUAUGAGCAAUUUACAAAGGAAAUAUUCCCUAACAGCUUGUCUCAUGAUUUAACAUUAACCAAGAUGCAAAUAAGGUCUACUGGUAAAUAUUGUGCCCAAAAGAAAUAGAUCUGAGUGAUGAUACGGACUUGUUCCCAGUAGUCUUCGCUCGUAACGCACGGCGGGAGCAGGGGAUGAUGGGAAGGGUGAAGAGAGAAAGAUGGUCAUCUCUCUGCCUCACUUUCCUCCUUCCCAUCACACCCCACACGCCACUAGAGAGAGAUAGUGAGAGAUGACUGGAGACGAGUCAGGUGAUGAUAUUGUAUUGGACGACCGUUGGUGGUUGAAUGGAUCUUGGAAUGUGUAUUUGGCAUCCCCACAGAUUUCUCAGGGACAAGUGACAUUAUCACCAAUUUGCCAAAGGCACAGUCAGCUUCACAGCCGUUCUUUCUGUCUUCACGCAAUGCUCCUCCCCAGAAACAGCUGUUGAGAACCGAACCACAUUCCUUUAGAGAAGUCACCGUACCGUAAACUUGGCGCGAACACCUUCCAGAAAAUGGAAGCUGAAAUGCUGCAUGCACUCCAUAAAACUUUUAUAGUUAUUACUACUUAGUAGUACAUGUAUACUGAUAAAUCCUUUUUUGACAGGAUGGGGCAAACUGAUUCAUUUUGACCUAACCAAGUAUGUGCGCUAAUGAUUUGCCUCCCUCCCCUCCCCUCCCCUUCCCUCCCACUUUACUUUCCCUGUUAAGAUGGGUGUUCCAGUGUUUGCCUUGACUGACACAUUAGAGACAGCAGCAGACCUUGCAUCCCGUUCCGGUGGUAGACAGGAGCUGGUUCAACUAUUGAGAGCUGUGGAAGGUAAAACAAACCCACCAUAAUACUUGUUGUGCAAGAUUUCUCUGUGUAAGCUUUUUGAUUAAGUUGAUAACAUUACAGAUCCUUUUUACAAAUAGGCUUUGACUUCCAAAGACUCUUACUUAAUUUAAAACGAGGUUAAGUUGCUAAGACUUCUGGGACUGUUACUAGGGACAUGAAAAAAAUUGGCCAAUAUCGAAAGAACCGGCGCGUCCCCAGUAACAAUCCCGGCCAGGAACAGUUGCGAGACGUAUAGAGCCAUUUUCGUAUGACCUUGAAAUAAAAACGCGCGAACGAAACAGUCUCAGAAACAACAAACAAGCAGAAAUAGAGGGAUUUGAUUAGUUUGUCGAACGAAUACAAACGCUUGUGGGUUUUGGUUGGUUAAGCGAACACUCGGCUGAAAAAGACUUCUUGCCCGAAGAACUUUCUAGAAAUCAAUCGAACUUCGCUUUGACGUCAUACUGCAACACUAUUGGCCAAUCGAACAAUGCGUUCUCCAUAUUCUAAAAAGUUUUCUUUGGCGGGAAAACGAAGAGUCCGUGUUUUGAUCUUUUCAUCCAUUGCCUUAUAAAACAAAUAACGAACACACCGAAACCAUUUUUCAAGGUCAUACGAAAAUCGCUAUAUCGGCUCCGGUUCCCUUUUCUUUUUGAAAGUGGCAAAUAACUUUAUACACUUGAGGAUGUCUGGGACUUUCUUCCCAUUGUACAUGAAUUCAAACUACUACUAGGCUGUGACGUACAAGUGCCAUAAAAUCUUUUUAAGUGUUAAAUCUGUAUAAAAAAUAAUCUUGCAGUUGAUGUUGCAGUACAGAACUUACAAGAGAGGCUACAAACCCCAACAGGUAAUCUAACUGAUCUUCCAUCUUAUUUACAAAUUUAAUGGCAUGGAAAGAUUUUUUAAGCUUUUUUUCUGGUUAACUCGGAUAUGAGGAUUAUGCUGUAGUUAUCAGUCACUUGUAUAAUAUAUGUUUUUCUGUGCAGGGUUCUCAACAAAAGACCCAAUGUUAAAGCUGUAUGUGGCUACGAUUUUGAGACACAUUAAUGAAAACGUACCACCAAAUAGCCCGAAAUGGAAGUCAAAAGGUUUGUCUUAAGAAGGAUAAAGUAUUCAUUUUGUCACGUGCAUAACCCAGCACGGAAAAGUGCUACGCGCGGAUAGGACAUCUUACAUACAACUGCAAAAGAAAAUGGCAUACUCAUCAGGCUCGAAAAUCUCGCGGGUGCGUGUGAACAGUGAUCAUGCGUUAAACAGAGGUGAGCGUGGAAAGCAGCACACUGGGCACCCAAGGUGCAAUCUGGUUCUCACGGCCUCUCUGGAAGCGUAGGCCUUAGGUAUAAGGUCUCCAAAAUUGAUGAAUCUACCCACUUACGACGGUGUUUGAAAAUUAAGCAUGCUAAAAUAAACAGUAUUCUGCAAAAUGUUGUUAGAAAUGUGACUUGGCAUUGAUCCCUGUUGUGUUUGUUGUGAAUUGGAUGAUUUUUUCAUAUAGUUUUUGUUAUUAUAAAACUCAGAUAAUCCGCAAGAAAGACAUAAAUUGUUGAAGACACCAGAACUUUUAAGAAGAGAAGACAAAACAAAGUCCCUUGACUGGGUGAGUUAAAUAUUCCUUGCAAAUUUUUAACCUACACGAAAAUACCAAGACGCAUAAAAUAAUACUGAAGUGGGAAACUUUAUUUCCGAUUAAGGCGAAACACUGUAGCAACUCAAAACAGAUCAAAACAAGCAUGACUAUAGCUUCUUUGUCAUUCUCCUGGAGUGUUUAAUUUGAGUCUUAGCAUUUCAAUGUAAGGCAAAGUUCAAUUACACAAUUCUUUUUCCCGUGUUUACAUCUCCUUCAACCCCACCCCUACCCCCACCCCUACCCCCACCCCUACCCCCACCCCAUGAGUUUAUGGAGAAUUUGAUGUCAGUUGAUUAAACAACUCGUUAAAAGGGAGAAACUGUAUUAAUUUUACUUGUGGUGUUUGGAUCCUUAAAUACUGUAGAAAUUUGUUGAAAUUAUGGUCACAUAUUUUGUUGUCUUUGUUUUCAGAGUCUUCGAAAGCGUAACUCGUGUGAGGAGCUUCGGUCCGAAACUCCAGGUGAGAAGCUUAGAGCUGUAGGCACUAUAUGGUAACCUUCUUACUGGUAAUGGCACUGAACUUUCUUAAGUCGAACAUUUUUCCAAAAGCUCUUCUUCUUAGAGAUACUUGGCUUUCGGUACAAGGAAGAAAAUCAUAUAACUUGUAAAUGACAAAAUCGCAGCAUGUGAUAAACAAAUGUGUCUCCCAAACGUGACAAACAAACGGAGAGAGACUUUGAAAAACUGUUAAGAUGAAACGUUUCAAAAAAUCCAUGCAAAUGCGGUCCUCAAGCAAUGGAAUACAAGAGAGUCUUGGAUUUUGGAUUCUACGCCGUGGAUACCGGAUUCUUUCUCAGUAAAUUUCUGAUUGCAGAUUCCAACUGUUAGUGGGGUUCCGGAUUCCUCGAGCUGUAUUCCACAUUUCAAAGCCUAAAUUCCGAAAUUUCCCUGAUUCCGGAUUCCACAAGCAAACAUAUGUUUGGAUGAUUCCGGAAUCCGUAUUCUCUUAGAUGGGGUGUUUCGAUGUUGCCCAUCCUUGUCUUCUUUUAUAUUUGCUGUGAUAUUCAAACCUUGCUUCAACGCUUGAAAUGGUUAUUCUCCUCGCUCAGUUAGGGGCCAAUUUCUACUGUAGUGACACAGCUUUAAGCCAAAUGCUAUCCAAACCAAGUUUGGCCGACCGCUUCAGAGAGGUGUCUGCCUUAUCCACAGUUAUAAUUGCGGAUAGGCUAGUAAAAGUUUAUCAAGCACUGCAGGGACAGGCGCGCACAUUAGCCAUCUACUUUCUCCUUUGUUACUAUUAUCAAAAUAAUUCUCUCUGUAGCGUUCGCCGGUGAUCACCAGCCCCUUGGGAAGGCGGGUAUUCUUAUAAAUUUGAGCUCAAUGAUAUUGAAAGACAUCAAUUUAUCUGGUACUGAUUUUCCAUCCCUUUUAUUGUAGUUAAUCGUUUCUUUGGUUCAAGUAGCGGCACUCCAUCAUCUAACAUUUCUACAGCUGAUGUGGAACCUAUCAUCAGACCGGAUUUAUUACCGUGUGUGGUGGCAAACCCUUCAAAACUCGAGGUACUUGAUCAUUUUAAUUCACUGAUCCGCGUAAUCAAGACGCAACCACAUUUACGGCAACUGACUUAACCCGGAAAGUCUCAGACAUCUUCAAAGAAGGCUUUGCGUAACAAGACUGCGGUCUAAACUAUUUUCAGUCCGCCGAGCCUCAGUAUUUAACCCUACUUUCAUAAAUCUGUAAGUAAAUAAAGAGUAUUUACUGGACAAACCUCUUUUACUUGUUGUCUGGUUUAGCUUGGUUUCCAUAAUCAUCGUCUAAGGCUUCCCAAAAUGUGUUCGGGUGGUCGAGAUAAUCACAUGGAAACUCUGAUGCAAUGAGGGACGAGGAUAAAUUCUCACGAUAUUUUAACAGCACUCCUAUAAUAAACAUUUGGGACGAGAAAAGUGAAUUUGUAUUUUGUUAUACAGCUUAUAUUUUCUGAAGCUUCCCUGACGAAUUGACGCGAACCAUUUAAUUUCCAACUGGAAUUUCCGGUUUCCCGUAUAAAAGGUACCCAAGAUCUUUAUAUUUUCCUCCUAUUAUUCAGGAAAAGCUGAUGAAGUGUCAAGCUGAGAAAGAGGACCUUGAACAGCGUUGCAAAAGACUCAUGCAGUCUAUCGCUAGUGCAGCAGAGGUAAGUUAAAGCGGCAAAAAUUAUUUUGCUGGUUUAACGCCGUAUUGGUAGUAGUAUCAGAUGUUCUGAUAGUAUUCAGUUCCAAUUCCAAGGGAGACUGUUCGCAGUCUUUUGAGGUAAAGCAUUGUUUUAGCGUUAUUGGGCAUGGAUCUACCAAAUCGAGAUGUAACGAAUGGAACACAAGCCUACCCAAUGGAGGGCACAGACCUGCCAAAUGAAAAUAGUAACGAACAAGGCACAGACCUACCAAAUGAAAAAAGUAACAAACAGGGCACAGACCUACCAAAUAAAAAUAGUAACGAUUAACGAACGGGACACAGACGUACCAAAUAAAAAUAGAAAAAGAAAGUGGCACAGACCUACCAAAUGAAGACGGUACUGUACUGAACCUACCUAAUCUAACAACUAGCGCUAGGGGUGGUUACGGCCAGAGAUCUUUACUCCCCUAUCGAUUCUUCUAUUUGCACAUGUACUAGUCCUAUCAGUGAAGUGUUUUAAGAAGGGGUGGCGGCUACGGUUUUUCGUCCUUAUCUUAAAAACAAAAAAAAAAAGACGGUCUUCUCAGGUAUUUAGUCAAGACCCUGAGUGGUAAUCCGGUCGACUGCUCCGAAGACUGGUACCCAAGCAGUUGAUCUGACCAGUCAGCGGUUUUCGUUUAAACGCGGGUAGAUCCUACCAACACUGGUAGAUACUUCAUAUAUGAUUCCUAUAGUGUACAUAUAUGAAGUACCUACCUAAACGCGUUAUAAGACAUUCUGAUAGAGCUGCUGGCCCUAGGAAAGUAUUCACUUUCAUUCUCUCUCUUGUUUUCACUUUCUUUAUCUAGACGCAUGACAAAGAGGUUAUGAGAUUGCAGCAGGAGAUAGAUAUUGCAAGAGAACAGAAAGAUAUCGCCAUUAAACGGGUAACUUACUGACAGAUUUUCAUUGCUACAGACUCCAUUUCACUGUCUAUCAUCGUACAAUACUUUACAUGUACCUGAAAAUCUUUUUUUUUUCUGUCAUUUCAUAUCUAUGGUGGCCGAGAACUGCCAGUCGAAAAAUUCGCAUAUUGAAGGAAUUAUUUUUUAUUUUCAUCUGUAACCAUUUUCCACUUUCUUUCUAAUUUCUAUUUCAAUUCAAAAGAAAAGUGAAAGUAAAAUCAAGUGAAAUCAAAAUAAAGCGAAAUGAAACCAAAGUAAAAUGAUUUGAAAAAUGAUUUUAUGUAGUUAUACUUUAUUUGUAACAAAAAAACCUGAUGAAUUUGUACCGUGUUAAAAUAAAGAUUUGAGACUUGAGACUUGAGACUUGAAAUGAAAUUAAAAUCAAGUAAAAUUUUCGACCCAGCCGAGCGCUGCCACUACCAGCAUGCAUUGUGUACAUCACGUAGAUUUUGUGUUCUGUUUACGACCCUUUCUCUGGAAGAAGCUCGAAGAUGGCGGAUAACAGGUUUUCAUCGUGGAAGGAAGAUCACCUUCUUAAAGGAGCGAUGCAGAUGUAAGUUAAACAAGGUCUUAAACUCAUAUUCCUUCAAUGUGAGGAUUUUUCGAUUGGCAGUGCUCGGCCACCAUACAUAUGUCAGUGACAGUUUUUUCCAAUACGCUCGGUGUGCUAAAUAAGCAGAAAAUGACGUAUUUGCUCUCUGCUCCAUAGCUAGCGUGAGAAAGGCCAGACACCUGAUUCCUGCAUGUGUAGAUUGAUUUCUCUGAGGAGGUGCCUCGCGUCCUCAAAGCGCUUUUUCCUUCAAAUGUGGGAAGGGCGAGAAAAGCGCUCUGGGACCGAGGCUGGUUUCACGGCUUCUAGAAUAUCAAAAUUAUCUAGCGGAGUUGUAGGUACAGUGUACAAUGCAUUUAUGAAGUAAAGUUCAGCGCUUGUCGAGUACAAACUAUGGUCCGCGCGCUUCAAGGCUGAAGUCUCCCUUCAACAACAGGGCAGAAAGAAGAGGUCAGCAAAAACAUUUGUAUGACAAACGUGAUCGGGUUAUUACGUGAGGGUUUUGUCGUGAUCAUUCACUUAACUUUACGGUGUUCUGUGCGUUUCCAAAAAGAUCUGUUUAAAGGAAGAUGAAGUUUGGCCGGGCGGAUAAUCUUUUUGAACAUAGUUGUAACAAAAGGUUUUGCCGUGUUCUUUCUUCCGCUGUCCUGUUGUUCACUAAUAUCACAGGCGUCCCAAGCUCACGUUACGACUGUGUUAUGUAAAUUAACUUUCUCACAAGAGAGUCAGUGUCGCGUUACAAGCAACCGUUGAGACUUCGUAUGAGAAAUAAAAUACUGAGGUCUGCGAACGCUAAAUAUCAUUAUUUUUACUUUUUUUCUAUAAAAUAAAUAAAGUAGACUUACCUUUGAUGUAUUCCUGUGCUUUUUGGUGUGAAUUCAUCGAUUUAGUCGGGUUUUUUUUACUCUUUUGUGAGAAAGUUGAUUUACAGAACAAAUUCGUAACGUGAGAUUGGAACGCCUCUGCUGAUAUUAAAAAAAUUCUUAUUUGUGGUUUGAUGCAGUGUGAAGCUACAUUUGUCAACAAAAUGGCCAAAAUUCGUCAGGAAACGGAAGCAGCUAUUCACGAGGUUAGUUUUCAGGCUAGAUUUCAGGUCUUUCAGUACGUCUGUAUUUUUCGUCUGUUACUUGUACACUGUGCAGCAAAUGGUCUCUUUUUCCAGGCAAACACACGGCUUAAUCAAGCUGAGAGGGACCGAGCCGAGGUACUACAUUUACAAAACACUUUCAGAUUAUCGUGGGUACCAGAUGAGGUAAGAAUAGACCUAAGGACUUUACUGAGAUGCUAGGGCUUAUAGAGGACAAAUACAAUAAACUGUUUACUUAAGGUGUUUCGAUACAGUUUUUCGGAAACCAUACCGAUAUUUUUCCAUCGCCUAAAAAGUGAUUUUAUCUUUGUCCGAUCGCUAUAAAAUGUUCACCACUGACUGUCUUUGGAUUGAAGUUUGUCAAAAUGUAGCAUUAAGUAAAACCGAUAUCACUAUGAAGCAAUAAACAAAAAACUUUCAAAUCGAUAAAAGGCGAACGACAAUUGCGCGAUCUAGACCUGCUUGUGAAAAUCCGACACCAGGGACCUGGUUUUUGCCCUUCCUCGUCACAUAACACACGAAAAGAGUUUGACCAAUUUUAAAUCCUUAGUUAAGACUUUUUUUUAUUUAAAUCAGCCUAUUUCUGUAACGCGCAUUGAUCAUAUACAUAUGCGAAUUUGCGCGUUAUAAGUAAUAAAAUCAUCAUCAUUAUUAUUAUUAUUAGCAAAUAACCUCCGUGAGAAGUAAAAAAUUAUGUUUGUUUAAAUUCAAAUAAAACGUAAAUAUAUUUCAAACCUUAUAUUUUCAUAUUGUGCCGAUACAUCAAAGUUCCCAUAUCUUUUCAAUCCCCGUAUUGUUGACACGAUUGCUAUCACACGCCCGUUGAUUGGUUAGUCUUAACCACUUUUUAAUGCAGGUAAUGUAUUUCUGUAACGCGCAUUGAUCAUAUACAUAUGCGAAUUUGCGCGUUAUAAGUAAUAAAAUCAUUAUUAUUAUUAUUAUUAUUAUUAUUAUUAUUAGGAAAUAACCUCCGUGAGAAGUAAAAAAUUAUGGUUGUUUGAAUUCAAAUAAAACGUAAAUAUAUUUCAAACCUUAUAUUUUCAUAUUGUGCCGAUACAUCAAAGUUCCCAUAUCUUUUCAAUCCCCGUAUUGUUGACACGAUUGCUAUCACACGCCCGUUGAUUGGUUAGUCUUAACCGCUUUUUAAUGCAGGUAAUGUAUUUUUUUUCGCAGCUUGUUAACUACUGUUCAAACAGCAAAUGUCGAGCGCCAUUCACUCAAGUAAGUUUUGUCUUGUUUCAUUGAAUACAAGGCUACUUUCACGCAAACGUUGUUCCCAGGGCCCUUCUUUUUAGGAAAUGGGAGGGGGCCCUGGAAUGGAGGUUGCCUUUACUCCAUGAUUUCAAAUCUUUUGUAACAUUUUCAUAGACAUUAUACCCAAAUUGUGCCGUAGAAGCUCAUAUUUUACGAUAUCUACCUUAUGUCAACUCAAUUGAUAAACCAAAUUUUCGACCGAAAACGGACACCAGAAGUCCACAGAGCAAAUUUCGUUUCCAAACAUAGGUAAGUGUAUGCACAAUCAGUGUUAUUCUAUGGACAUCAAACCUCUCAGGAUUUGGAAAUUAGAAAACGUGUGUUUGUUCUUUUGAUUUGUUUGGGUUCUAUUGGCUGAACACAGAUGCAUUUGGUGUUUGUUGCAGACUAGAAGACGCCAUCAUUGUCGAUGCUGCGGCCGCGUUUUCUGUCAUAACUGCACAGAUCAGUCAGCUCCGUAAGUUCAACAUGGUUUACUGUAUUAUCAGUUGUAGGUGUCACAGUGUUUUGUCUCGUAGCCAGCUCAUCACAAGAGAGGAUAUCCUCUCUUGCUGAGUAACAGAAACUGACAGAGGCAAUCUUAAAAGUUAAGAAAUAGCAAGCCGUUGAAGUUUCAUCGUGAGCUUUAAGUUUUUAAACUUCCCAGCUCAUAGGACCACAAAUUCUGCGGCGGUCUUUCGUAAUUGAGUCACUGAGGGGAAUCACACAAAACUGAAGAAGAGAGACAUCAUGUAUUCCUUCCCAAGUGGGAAAACCUUUGUUACACUACAGGGUAACCAGCUCGUUUCCAGUGAAGAGAGUAAGAGAGGCGCUCAUCUCUUAGCAUCAUCUUUUAGUGUACAAAUUAACAACGAGGACAUGUCUUCUUUUUCAGGAUUCCAGCGUUUGGCUACAAUCAGAAUGUCAGAGUUUGUAAUCCUUGCUUUGCUUUGCUCGAUGAAAUGUUUUGUGAAGAACCAAUUGCUUGCACAGACCCCACGUGA